AUGAAGAUUUUUGUUUUGAUGGCUACGUUCCUAUUAUGGAACAUCGUACCAUCAUAUUCCCAAGGUCCGAAGCUUGUUCUGUACCGUAAAAACAAGAGCCCGGAGAACCCUUCUGAACAGGCAAAUCCGGAUGGACAAGAAACGGCAGAAAAAACCCAUGCGGUAAAUAAGAAAAAGAAAGAUGAUAAUCUACUAGGAAAACAUUCCAAAAAAGGAGGUGCAGCCAGUGAAUCCACUGCGCCAGAAGUGGUGAAGCAACCUAUAAAAGGAACAGAAUCCGCUGAAGUAACUCGAUCGGAUCUACCGAAGGAAUCCAAAACAGAAACGAAACCCAUGGAAGCGUUUAUGCAAUGUCAACCGAGUACAUCUAAAGCAGGAGGCAACCCUGAUGAAUCUAAAACGCUGGAAGGAAAGGAGGAAUACGAAGCAGGCGAUGAAACCGAUUUGUCAAAGGACAAGAAGAUAAAAAAGAAAAAGAGCAAAAAAGCCACAUCAUCAGAACGAUCACAGGUUAGUCCAUGA